AUGGGCGGCCUCUGGGAGGUGGUGGGUGGCCUUGACAAAGGCGGUGUGCUCGUUCGGACCGAGGAGAACAGUGCCAGCAUCAGGGUAGGGCGCCUCUCAACAGGCGCCUUGCUGGAGGAGCUUUCCCAACUUGGCGGAGAGCUCCGUUUCCGUCGCUUAGCGGGCCAGGGCCCUGCAGAGGGAUGGGUCCCCCUGAAGCGGCACAACGAGGUGCUCGUGAAGCAGCCCUCCGACGUUUGGCAGGUUCUUGGAGGCCAAAGCAAGGGCGGUGUGCUGGUGCGAGAGGGCUUUGAGACCAGCUCGCCCUGUCUUUCCGAGCGCCUUGCAACAGGCUCCCUGGUCAGGCAGCUUGAGCAGAAGGACGACCGUCUGUACUUCGCUCGGCUGACUGGCUCGGGGCCAGAACGUGGCUGGGUCAGCAUCCGUCUGCGACAUGGAGCAGAACUCCUUGCGCCUGUGGACGGGGUGGAGAUGCAGGCUUUGUCCGGAUCAGUUUACGAUGGAAUGGACCUCGUGGUACUCCUGGAAAACCAGGAGAAGCAGUUCUCCUACCAGGGUCCUCUGGCAGCAGUAGAGCUUGAGGCUUUCCUUACUUCCGUUCACUUUCCACCUGACUGUAUCUUACAAACGCUCCUCAAGAAGCUGAUUGCAGAUGGGACGACGGGGGGGCUGAGGUCUGCCGAAGAGAUGGCCUCGGAGGAGUUUGGUCCAACCUGGCUUACGGAGGCCGGAACGCUGCCGGCAGACAACAGAGUCACGAAGGUCCUCAGGGCCGAGGACUUGGCUGUGAAAGGCUUCGAUGCCGCUGGUGGGGCCGCCAUGAAGAUGUUUCUCACAGUGGAGUACGAGAAGCCAGAUCCAGAUUUGCACACAGAGCUCUUCUGCAAGUACCCGUAUCCCUUCGACCAGUUUCCGGUAGAGCGCCGGCAGAUCUCAUCGUAUGGUGACGUCGAUGGUCCGGAGAUCGCAGUGCAGAUGUUGCUCACGCACCUGUUCCCCUUCCGCACAGCCAAAUUCUAUUUCGGGGACGUUUGCCGGGAGACAACGAACUUUAUCUUGAUUUCCGAGAAGAUCGAGUUCUCACGGCGUGGACGCAUCGAACAAGGCAAAGUGGUCGAGCAGAUCGACUAUGAGCCGUACCAGGUGCUGCCGGUUUGUGGAAAGUUCCAGGACUGGUUGCUGCCAGAUCCAGCUGAGUACUACUGCUGCCUGUUUAGAGCCAUGGGCCAGCUCGCCGCCUGGGACAAGCAAGGUCGCUACAACGACUAUUUCGGCCCACUAGACUCGGCUCAAUUGCAACGCCUGGCCGCUCAGAGACGGGAGAUCAAAGCGCAGCAAGUUGAAAGCCAAAGAGCUUCGGUUGCGCGGAUUCUUGACACCGCAAUAGACUUUAUGACCAACGUUAUUCCCAGCAUGGUGCCCGGCUUCUUGCUUGAAGGUGGACGGCUUGGCAAGGUCAAGGAAGACCUGCUGGAGAUGCUACCGCACUUCCCUGGCAUGUCGGGACAGUACCAGUUCACAGAUCCCAACUAUGUGGCGGCAAUGCACGCGAAUUUGCAGGCAGACAAUGCUUUCUUCUGGCGCGACGAGUAUGACACAUUAGCAUGUGGUGUUCUGGACUGGGGCGGCUUCAGCCGAAUGGCAUUCUGCAUGAAUUUCCUGGGAUGUUUGUCGGGAGCAGAUCCUGAGGUGCUCUUGGCACAUGAGGAGGGAAUCAUUCGCUGCUUCCGGGACGAGUAUGCACGUUGCGGCGGUCCACACCUGCCUUUGGAGGAGCUACUUCUGAGGUACCACCUUGGCUAUAUCACUUUCGUGUACGAGAGCACGACAUGGGUGGAGCGCGAGAUUUACAAGCAUCUUGGAGAUCACACGCGCAGCGAGGUGGAGGAAGCGAGGACAGGAGAAGGGAGGGAGAGAAAGGAUGGGCGAAGAAGUGAAGAAAGCGCUGCGGCGGAGAACAAAGGCUUGGGAGAUGAGCCGCCGGGGUGCGAUCCUGGUGACGAUCCUCCUGGUGACGCAUUUGCCGAGGGCGAAGAGGAGGAGAUGAAGCAAAAUUAUUUGGCUGUGUCCCUGGGUCUCCCUACCCAAGCGGAUCGACCGGCUGCGGCCGAGAAGGCAGAGCAGGCCCGGCUUCCGGUAGCGUCAGAGUGGCUAGCGACGAAGGAAGAGAUGCGGUCGUGGCAUGGGAUCCUUGAUGAUCGUUUUCAAGAGCGAUUUCGCGUGAGGUGCCGAUCCUCUGCCAUCAUCAAUUCUUUCGCAUUCUACAGCCUGAAAGGCGACCACUUUCGCAAGCUCUUCAAGCAGUGGUCGACAGGGCUUGUUGGUGUCCAGAGGCACCGCUGCAUCGCAGAAGGCACAGAUCAGUGGCGCCCUGCCUUCUCCGCAGAGUUAUCGAAAGGCUUCUUCGAGCGACGAUUGCAGUCCAUAUUGCUGGACCAAGUCGUGGUGCUGUGUUUGAACAUGGCGAAAAUGUUGCCGCAAUGUGGGAUUCGGUUGUCGGAUCGCUUCAGGCAGACACCCAUAGUCUUGGCAAAGAAGACAACUGGCUUCUUGGCAGGUGCGAUUCUUGCUAAGUUCCGCCUGGGUUCUUCGCAUGGGAAGCUGCAUCUUGUAUUCCGAAAGUUCAUUUCCACACAGUCUGCCCAGCGGUUGACAGUCCUCAUUCCGAAAGGCUCCACCAGCGAGCAGGCGAUAUGGAUUUCAACCGAGCCUGUUCAGACCUUGGCCCGUGAGACGCUGGACUGGCUUGCCAUACGCUCGCAGUUGCAAAGCUUCGGCUGUCAAAGACAACACAUCGGAAGCUGGGGGCUGGGGGAAAAUGUGUUUGGACGCAAGCUCUGGCCAGUUGAUGUGCUGGCCCCCAUCGGCAUUGGCCAGUCCAUGCUGAUCUGCGGACCCAAGGACACUGGCAAGAGCACUUUGGCCAAUCAGGUUGUGGAAUAUGCGCUUGCCGGCCGCCAAGUGGACAAGGUGGUGCAUUUCCAGUCCUCUUCAGCACCACCAGCAGAUCCAACCCUACAGCGCGUAGGGGCUCUGAUGCAGCUUGCGGUGCCAGCAGCUUCUUCUCAGUCUGCUGCCUACCUCCCCGCUCUCUUCGAAGCCGUUGCUGUGGCCGAGGAAGUCCGGGACGGAGGCAAGCACGCACUCUUGAUUCUCGACACCGUCGCUCCCCUCUUGGAUGCUUGGGAAUUGGCUAUGCAGCUCGCUGAGGCGGCCGGCGACCUCGGUGAUGCAGAGGCCCUGGCGGCACAGAGGCCUUGCUGGAACGGGCGGCAAGCCUCCAAAGUGGAGGUUGUUGACGAAGCGGAUCGUAUUCUCACUAGCGAGCUGCCCCAAGGCUGGUACUGCAGUUGCUCUGCUGGGCUCUACUGGCCUUUCUUUUAUGCUCUAGCUGAGUGCGAAGUACUGUUUGAUUUUGGACAAGAAGGCGAGCAACUGCCUCGAGCUUACACGCAAGCACGGCAUUCGAUUCUACAUCUUUGCGAAAGCAUCGGGCAGGCCAUGGCAGCUCUUGGCAUUCCAGGGCAGCGCCAGGCAUCACCGUCGACAUGCGACAUGUGCGAAGACAGCACGUGUCCCACUGCAGAAGGAGAAUGUGUAAGCUUCAGCGCUACACAUUCUCCAGCAGGGACCUGGACUUUUGGCUGGCAGGCGCCGAAUGCGGAAACCGCCAACGAGCUGACCUUCAGCCUCGCCGACUUCCGAGGUCGGAGGCAGAGUGAGUUGGAGCGUCUACAGCGGUUGCAGGACCGCGGCGUGCCGCUGACCGAGAGCUCCUUGUCCGCGCUGGGCAUCGCGCGCCCUGGUGGCGUGGCAGAGGGUGUGAAGUCAGCGCGCGAGAUGCAGAGUCUCUCUGAUGGUCAGGCCGUGCUCGACAAGUCCAUGGCUGCUGCCGGCUUGUUCCCGGCAAUGGUGCCAGGCGCCAGCUUCUCCCGCUUUGGCCUCGGCUCCGACGUCGGCGCCUCGAAGGCUCUCGGCCUCGGCGGCCUCGGCGAUCUGCGAGUCUCCGAGCUCCGAGGGCAAGGCACACUUUCGACCCACGACGGCGGCAGUGGACAGCCAUCAGUCCAGGCAGUUGCAGGCGAGAUGGUUCGAGAGGAGAUGACGGCUCUGCUUCUGGCCGCCUGCAGUGGGGCUCUAGACGUGCUGUCGCCUUCGGAGGCACUGGGAUACGCAUGCCGGAAGUGCUUGCGGUCGGAUGUCACGGAGCGAGACUUCAACAGCAUGACAGCUGUGCCCAGUCUGGAGCCAGGUUGUGCCAUGCAGCCGAUGGUGGGCGAAGCAGACUGCCAGCACGUGCGAUUGAACCACGACGUGUCGACACAGGCUUUGCUUGCGGCCUUGCUCCUGGAGGUGUACGAGCGGCACAGCUUCAUGCUGAUGCUCCUGCUCUUAGCCGCUGCAGCAGCCGCACUGUUGCGAAGCUGUGGUGCGGAUGCGAGGCGGUUGGCCUGGCACUUGCUUCGCGCCCGGCAGCCCAAUGCAAAGCUCUACAGACAGGUUCUCCUGCUGAUCCUCAGCUUGGACGCUCUCCUGCGGCAGCCGGGCGUUGCCGCAGCUGUCACCGUCGUGGUCGUCACCAGGUGGCUUGAUUUCCUGCCUGGUGCUUCUCGACUUGCUCGGCCUUUUCUGGAUGCCUCGCGCCAGAUGCUGGACAUUUUGCCAACACCUCGGCGGCCGGUGCUGCAUCGAGCUAUGGUGGCAGCGCUGGCUCUAGAGGCCUUGGGCAACCUGAGUCGCUUCGCGCUGCUGCUGCUCUUCUUCGUGGCACUCGGCGCCGCAGUGCUGCGGCAUGUGAGAUCUCGACCUUCGGAAUGCAUGGAGCUGAUAUUCCUCGUCUGUGAGAAGCUCGACGCCGUUUGGGAGCGCGUCCUCGCCUUCCAGCAGCGUCAUCGAGAAUUCUGGACGAGCCGAGACGAGGCAUAUGUUCAGGAGGCUUGGUGCCCGUCCAACAUACCCUGGGCCGGACAGAUGUCGCAGGCAUCGGACUGCGGUCAAGUGGAAACGCCACCCAGGACUCUACCUUUUGUCGUGCUCGACCGGCUCAUCUCGAUUCAAGUUCCGCGGGCGAGCUGCCCGAUUUCGGCGACGCAGUGCAAAGGAGCGGCGCGCAUAUGUUUCUCUGCCGCCGGCUCCGUAGCAGAUGCCCUUGGUGGCACGAUUUGGCCCGCAUUUCGCAGCCUCCGCCACUUGGCGAUUUCUACGGCCACAUCUUGCGCAGGCAGUUUGGUAUCUGCCUUUGAGUGCUCCCAGCCGACGCUUUCCAGAUCGCAGAUGUGGGAAGAUCAGGCACUCACGAAGGAACAUUGCGCGGCAGCAGCGAAGCGUCGCUGGCGAAGUGGAGAUGCCCAGAUGCCGACGCUGCAGGAGAAGGAAGCUGCGCUGACAGGUGUGUCUGGGAGUGCGCAAGCUUUAACAACAACUUGGCCGAGCUCCCUAUGCAGUCAGUGGAUAGCAGGCGAGAAACGAAGCCUGAGCCAACACUGA